GCGCAUGCGCGGCGCUGCCCGGAAGCAGGCGCCGGGCCGGGCCGCGGGGUGAGGCAGCGGCACCGGGCGGAGGGGACGGGACGGGACUGGGGGGGGGCCCCGCCGCCGCCCCGCGCCCCGCGAGGAGGAGCCGAUGGAGGGGAACCGCGACGAGGCGGAGAAGUGCAUCGGCAUCGCCAGGGACGCGCUGGAGGCCGGAGACCGCGACCGCGCCCUCCGCUUCCUCAGCAAGGCCCAGAAGCUCUACCCCACCGACACGGCCCGAGUUUUGUUGGAAGCUAUUACGAAGAAUGGAAGUGCUGCUGGGGGAGGCGCCUACUGCCGAAAGCCAGCCGGUAGCAGUGAUCAGAGUAAGCCCAGCAGCACGAAGGAGAGCAAUGCCUCUGCUGGGAGCGAGAGUGGGAAAGGCUACACCAAAGACCAAAUGGAAGGAGUAUUCAGUAUAAAGAAAUGUAAAAAUUAUUACGAAGUCCUUGGGGUGUCAAAGGAUGCAGGUGAAGAAGACCUAAAGAAGGCUUACCGAAAACUUGCUUUGAAAUUCCAUCCGGACAAAAACCAUGCACCGGGAGCAACAGAGGCUUUUAAAAAAAUCGGAAAUGCCUACGCCGUGCUGAGUAAUCCAGAAAAACGAAAGCAGUAUGACCUUACAGGCAGCGAAGAGCAAACGUGCAAUCACCCUAGCAAUGGUAGAUUCAACUUCCACAGAGGCUGUGAGGCAGAUAUUACUCCAGAAGAUCUAUUCAACAUGUUUUUUGGAGGGGCAUUUCCAACAGGUAGUGGACACUCAUUUUCUAAUGGUCGUGCUGGCUACAGUCAUCCCAAUCAGCACCGUCACAGUGGACACGAGAGGGAGGAAGAGAGGGGUGAUGGAGGUUUCUCUAUGUUCAUUCAGCUGAUGCCCGUUAUUGUGCUGAUCCUUGUCUCCUUGUUGAGCCAGCUGAUGGUAUCUAACCCUCCUUAUGCCUUAUACCCAAGAUCAAGUACAGGUCAGACAAUUAAAAUGCAGACAGAAAAUUUGGGUGUUGUUUAUUACGUCAACAAGGACUUUAGAAAUGAAUACAAAGGAGUGUCAUUACAGAAAGUGGAAAAGAGCGUGGAAGAGGAUUAUGUGUCCAACAUUCGUAAUAACUGUUGGAAGGAGAGGCAGCAAAGUAAAAACAGACUUGCUUUAUGCAGCAAAAGUUUAUCGAGAUGACCGUCUCCGAAAGAAAGCAGAUUCCAUGUCCAUGGACAACUGCAAAGAACUAGAACGGUUGACCAGCCUCUAUCGAGGAGGAUGAGCAGCAAUUGUACACAUACAUCUUUAUGUAUGCCGUUAUUUCUCUUGUAAAUUAAGAAGAGAUUUAGUUUCACCAUGAAUGCUGGAAAAGAGGGGUGGAUGUAAAACUCUACUGUGUAGCUGUUUCCAGAAACCUUAUACUGAAAUAUCAUUUAAUGGCUUCUUUACCUACUGUGAAAUAUAGAUAACUUUAAUUGUCUAGAUUUUACUUCAAAGCUUCUGUGAAUUCUUUCAGCAGAGAGAAUAGCUCAGAAAGGAUGCUAUACUUGUAGAGACUUAGUCAUAGUGGUUCUCCUCUACCAUAUUUGCCAUGUAAAUAUCUGUGGAAAGAACACUUUGUGUAUAUACGAGUUAAAUGACUUUCUAUUUAAAAUCUCAGAAAUUUAGUUCCAUACAACAUUUUGUCUCACUGAUGGAAUAAAUAGUAUGAUUACAUCACUCCUAUUCAGAUGUCAAGCGUGUGGAGUCGAAACAAGAUUUUUUAAUAUUUUAUCUCUAACUCUAUGUAAAAUCUUUAAGGUUUGUCAGCUUAGAAGAACUUGGUAUUUUUAAAUAUAAUAGCAUAUAUUCCUAAUUAUCUGUUGGGGUGUAUUGAUCUGGUGUAGAGUAGCAGUUCGCUGUUGUAGUUUUUUAGUGUUUCUAAGCAAUGCAGAGAAAACUAAGAAAAACACUAAUCUCUUUUCAAAGUAAGUAUUUGCAAAUUCUGUACAGACCAUUGAAAGCAUUGCUUUUAGUACUUGCAACAGUUUACAGCAGCUCUCCCGUUUGGUAUUCCAGCAGCAGUGAAUCCAUAUGUCUGGCUAACACGCAUCUAUAGCUUCCUUAAUUUUUACUGGAAAGGUAGAUGAAAACACGCGAUAGUAAAUCUCAAAAGCUUUUUUUUUAAAAAAAAGGCAACUUUUUUUUUUUUUUUUGCUGGGAGACUUCAAUUUUCUUACUCUUUUUUUAUUUCAAGCUAGGUCCUAACAGUGAUUCCUCAAUGGGCACCACAAGUGGAGCAUGGAAAUACUGCUAAGGACAAGCUUUGUGCCUUUCUACACUUUUGCCAACUGUUUAAAUGCUUGCUGGCUUGCAGUAUGCUCCUGUGGUCGGAGCCAUGUCACUUGUCCCGGGCCACGAACUAGAGGAGGAGGUAGCGUAUGCAUUUUUCUGGACCAGAAUAUUGCUGGAUUGACUUCUUAGAGAUGAACAAACACCGAUUGGUUUCUACAUCCAAUGUAACUCUGUACUCGGAAGCUAUGUGUAGCCACACCUGACAAUGAAACAAAGGUGUUUUGAAGCAGCUAUGUACAAUGCACUUAAAGCUUGUUGAAAGUGGGUUGAAAAUGUAUUUUUAUUUUAUUUUUUACAUUUUAACAGUGCUAUGCAGGAGAAUGUUUUCUUGUAUGUGAGAAUGCCAGGUGGCUUGUAACAAGGGCAGUAUUUUUUGCUUGAGAAAACUGCCGUCUUUGAACAGUGCUCUCAGUUUAUGUGGAGCCAAAUUCUCAACCUAAAUUGAAAGUUUAAAGACUUGACUGACUUCACUGGAAUUCCUUCUGAUCUAGUCUUGUCAUUUGAGAGCAGGAUUUGACUUCAGAAGUACACUAAAUGCCAUUGCUCUUGGUGAUCCAGAAAUCAAUUUGCAUGUGUACCUUUUCUAAACUGUCCCACUGGAAAUGCCUUCUAUUGAAUUAGUUGGUGUAACGUGAGAAAGACUAGCUGCAGACUUUUGACUAAGCAGCUAAAUCGACGUUCAAGGUAGACAUCAAAGCUUGAGGUACAAAGCAGAAAUAAAAGCUGUUGAAAUAAA